AUUGCUAAUCAGAAUUCAAGAAAAGCAGCUUAAAACAUGAGGAUUCACCGCCUGCUGUCUUUUCUUGCAAGCCUGGUGCUUGUUAUUCACGCUGGACCUAUUUCACAGCAUGCUGACAAAGAUGAAGCCACUGCAGAGCAUUAUCUGAAGAGCUUCUACAAUCUAACAGAUGUAACAAAUGAAGCUGCCACCCGAAGAGGGGCCAGUCAGCUGACCGAGAAGAUGAAAGAGAUGCAGAGGUUUUUUGGGCUUAAGAUGACCGGAAAGGUGGACAAAGAAACAAUGGAGAUGAUGAAGAAGCCCCGCUGUGGAGUUCCAGAUGUUGCUGCGUUCUCCACAUUUGAAGGCAGACCCAAAUGGCAGACCAACAAGCUCACCUACAGAAUCGUGAACUACACCCCUGACAUGUCAGUGGCUGAAGUGGAUGGAUCCAUAGAGAAAGCCCUGCAGGUUUGGGCCAAAGUCACUCCUCUGAAAUUCACGCGUAUCAACAGCGGCACAGCUGACAUCAUGAUCUCCUUUGGUAGAAGAUAUCAUGGCGAUGAUUACCCAUUUGAUGGACCGCAAGGCACUUUGGCCCAUGCUUUUGCUCCCUCUCCUGGUAUUGGUGGAGACGCACAUUUCGAUGAUGAUGAGUUUUUCACUUUCCGCUCAUCGAAAGGAUUUGUCCUGUUCUUGGUGGCCGCCCAUGAGUUCGGUCACUCUUUGGGUCUCUCUCAUUCCAACAUUCGUGGGGCUCUGAUGUUUCCCACAUACAGCUUCACUGACCCAGAUCGUUUCUCUUUGCCCACUGAUGACGUCAGAGGGAUUCAGUCGCUCUACGGCCCAAACAAAGAUAAAACCCCCAUCUCACCAGAUCCAGAAAAACCAACAACUCCUAACAAUUGUGACCCUAAUCUGAUCCUGGAUGCAAUUACAACUCUCAGGGGUGAAACAAUGUUCUUCAAAGACAGCUUUUUCUGGCGUAAAGCUCCAGGCAAAAGUAUGACGCAAAUUCCUAUCAAAAAUUUCUGGCUCAAGGCUCCGGAUAACAUAGAUGCUGCUUAUGAGGAUCGAGUGCAAGAUAAAGUUUUCUUUUUCAAAGAUAGAAAAGUCUGGGCUUUUAAAGGCACCAGUCUUGAGCCUGGCUAUCCCAAGACUCUCAGCAGCUUUGGCCUGCCAUCAUCGGUGAGAAAAGUUAGUGCUGCCGUCCAUGACUCUGGAAAAACACUGCUCUUUGUCGACAAAGUUUACUACAGCUACAAUGAGAGGACAAAGAAGAUGGACAGAGGAUAUCCUCAACCAGUACAAAGUGUAUUUCCAAAGAUGACUGAAGAGGUUACAGCAGCCCACAUAUCCAACGGAUACAUUUAUCUCUACAGCGGGACAAAUGUGUAUGAGUUUGGAUUAUACAGUAAGAGGUACUUGCGUGUGCUGAAGAACAAUUUUUUCUUACCCUGUUAGUUGAGUUUUCCUGAAAGAAGAAGGGGACAUAAAUAUAGGUUAUUUUACAGCUACAGCAUUUUUCUUAAAUGCAUGUACAUAUUUAAACAAAUUAAUUGUUGAGUACAUUUCUGUUGUAAUAUAAUUUGAAGAAUGUAUUUUUACAUAAUCAGUUUUCAAGUGCCUGUUUUAGCUUUACAGCAUGUGAGUGCCUUCAUUUUGGAAGCAAGAUUGCUUUUGGUGUGGAUUUAAAGUAGUAAACCUCUAACGCUUUAUAAAAAUUCAGACAUUGUGUGAAAGCAUGUUGACGCUUGCGGUUGAUACAGUAUUAUGAGUCUCUGAGGAAUAAAUGAAUAUGUGUGUCAUCGCCACAUGUUUGUACAAUAAAGACAAAACUAGUCUA